CGCUGAGGUGCGUGCAGUACGUCUGGGCAGCUACUGUGUGUUUUCAGCAGAAUCUGCUCGUUUUCUGUCCGUUAGUCCGGUUUAAGUUGCUGCAGACAGGUUGAACAACAACUGAGAUCCACCAGAAGGUUUUCAGAAAGACGACUGAACACCGGAGGUGGAGCUGGGUCCUCGGCAGCAUGAAUAUCGUCUCUAAAAAUAAGAAGCGGGUGGUGCUGCCCAGCCGUCCAGACCCUCCCACCGUAGACCAGAUCCUGGAGGACAUCAACAGAGCCGCUCCCAAUGACCCAGUCUUCAGCAUCCUUGAGCAGACUGGACAAGACUCGUCCCGGCCUUCAGACACUGAUGUGGAGUUGAAGUUCCAGCAGUGUCGUCAGUACCUGGAGCUGAACGAGCGGCUGCAGGAGGCUCGAGGACAGCUGAUUCAGCAGAGGGAGGAGCUGAGGGCAGCAGGGGAACAGCUGGACAGAGACGUGGCAGAGGUCAAAGGUCAACCACUCUGACUACACUUCCUAUCCACAGACUCUUCUUCUAUUUUCAAUAGACUUUUUAGUGAUGGCUUCAGUGCAGAGCACCGGGUGGCCCUGACUGUUCUCUAACCAAGCUGGACCAGAACAAACCGUGACACUAGUGGUGCUUCAGGAGACCCAGUACAGGCUGUCUGUGUGUGUGAGAGGAUUGUUGCUGAUGAGGACACACAUAUCUAAUCAUAUUUAUGUGACAGGCUGUGAUGGUGCAUUCAGUGAAAAUUUCAUCUUUUUCUUCUUUUACAGCCAAUAAACACCAACCCCUCUCUACAAACAUUUACUAUACUUUGAUAUUUUUUUGUGGUUUUUAUUGCCUCAAAAAAUGCUAAAAACCUUGAGUUUGUUAAAUGAUGUUCAGAAAUCACUCCCCCUCCCUGACCGUCUUCUUACAGCAGCAGAGACAGUGUUGAGUCUGUGCAGAGUUUUUUGAGUUGUUUUUCAGAGCUGAUUAGAAAUGAAAGAGAGAAAAGUCCCAAGAUGGGAGUCGUUUCUCUGAUUAGCCCUCAUUGCUUAUCUUAGCGUCUGAUUUUCUGCCGUUUGUUUGAUGUGCAGUUUGAGGUCACAACACCGGAUUGAUCAUCUGAACGAUUAACUGUUGGAUGAUCCGAUGGAUUCCUGGCAGGUCAGAAAUGUUGGUUUGAUGUUAGUAGUUGUUGCAGUUCCACAGUCUGAUCGCUCACAACGUGAGAUGAGUAAAAUCUCAGUGUCUGCUCAGCUUCAGACAGACCUAAACAGACCCCGCUCGCAUGUCCACCGCCACAGGUACGUCCUGUGCAGGUCAGCUUCUUUCUCCUCGUUUUCUUCUUUCUGUGAAUGUGUCUGUGUAUCCAUGAUGUUUAGAAUUGUACAACAUGAGACAGCAGCAAACUGCAGCUCUCAGCUUGUCUGCUCAGUUUCUACCUGUGACUGAUUCACUUGUUUUACUCCCAUCAUGGGAAAUUCUCACACAGGCUUAAGUAGUCUAAACUCACGUGACUGCAUCUUAGCUUCAGUUUGUGCGGCCUGUAAUGAAUCAGUGUUUGUUCCUUUUCAGUUGUGUCUACUAUGGACUAUUAUAUUUGAUUAAUUUUGACAGGUAAUAAUGACCUGUCUUAACACUGUGUUUUAGGGUUCAUAUUCACAAAUAAAGUUAUAAGUCAAAUUAUAACAACUGACAUAAAAUAAAUCUUGGUCUCUGUGGUCCAGUUGUCCAUGUUCCAACACUGGCUGCAGUUGCAUUAUUUUUCUUGCCCUCUAAUCCACGUGAAUCCUCAUUUUGAAUGAUCAUUCAGGAUCUGAAUGCACCAUGAAGCUUGUCAAUUGCCUCAAACUAUGGUGGAUCUGAGAGCUCAGUGCAGCUUUGGAAUAUGACCGUUUAGAAAAAAUGCUGCAAAGUGAGGAAACACAAAUGCUGCAAGUAGCACAGAGGAAAUGUUUCCAGGGGUUACUGUGUGUGUGUGUGUGUUUCAUUUUUUUUCAGCUGCAGUGCAUUGAGCUCUCAGGGCCAACUCACCAUAGCACCUACACACAAGCUGUACAGCAUUUUUGGCUCUGCUGUUUCUUGUCUUUGCGCUGACUAUGUGCAAACGUACAAUCUUUAAAAUGCACUUUUUGUUCACUCUGAACAUGUCAGUGGACAUGAACCAAUAAAAAGCACCAUGUUGAA